AUGAAUGGUUCCACCACCUAUGGAUAUGUUAUGGCCACAGAGGUUGCAGACCCAGAUCCCGAGGGCCACCCCAGGAGCGCCACAGAGUGCCCUAUUUGCUAUUCCUCUUAUGACAACAUCUUUAAGACCCCGUUGAAGCUUCCUUGUGCCCAUACCUUCUGCAUGGAGUGCCUUGGACGACUGUGCCUCUUUAUUAGGCAUUUGCAAGAAUUUCCGUGCCCUCUAUGCAGAACUGUAGUGGUGAUCCCCGUUGGGGGGGUCCCCAAAUUACCUCCAAAUCUUGAUAUUGUGGCCCAGCUCCCACCAGAUAUGCAGAACUUGCAGGAGGUCUGGGUGGAAGGGCACAAGCUCUGCUGGAUGAGAAAUAAGGACUCUGACCUGCACAGAAGCUCCUUGGUAACUGUCCAGCUGUUGUCCAACCCCACGGACAACAAUGCAAUUCAAGAGGGUCUGGUUGCUGUGCGCCAAAGCUUGUGUAGCACCCUCUGCAGGAACUUGUGGGGUCUUGGUCUAACCAUUUUUGCAUCUGGACUUUUUGUGUUCACAGUUAUAUUCCUACCUGUUUAUAUGAACUUUAAGUGA